GAGAGAGAGGAGAGUGUGUGUGUGUGUGUGGGGGGGGGGGUAGCACAUGUGAAUGCGUUUGGGAGAGAGAGAGGCGAGGAAGCCGUCGCCAUAUGCCGAGCGGAUUCUACAUGUGAAAACCAUGGGAAGCUCACAUCUCCUCAACAAAGGAAUGCCUCUAGGCAUCAGGCCACCCAUCAUGAACGGACCCAUGCACCCGCGGCCCCUGGUGGCUCUGCUGGACGGGCGAGACUGCACAGUGGAGAUGCCCAUCCUGAAGGACGUCGCCACCGUGGCCUUCUGCGAUGCCCAGUCCACACAGGAGAUCCACGAGAAGGUGCUGAAUGAAGCUGUGGGGGCAUUGAUGUAUCACACCAUCACUCUGAUGAGAGAAGACCUGGAGAAGUUCAAAGCUCUGCGCAUCAUUGUGCGCAUCGGUAGCGGCUAUGACAAUAUUGACAUCAAGUCUGCGGGCGAACUUGGAAUUGUCGUGUGUAACAUGCCAGCUGCCUCUGUAGAAGAGACAGCUGACUCCACGCUGUGUCACAUCCUCACCUUGUACCGGCGCACCACAUGGCUCCAUCAGGCUCUCCGGGAAGGCACGCGGGUCCAGAGCGUGGAGCAGAUUCGAGAGGUGGCUUCAGGAGCGGCGCGGAUCAGAGGGGAGACACUGGGACUCAUCGGACUAGGACGAGUGGGCCAGGCCGUAGCCCUGCGAGCCAAAACAUUUGGCUUCAAUGUAAUUUUUUAUGAUCCCUAUUUGGCUGAUGGCGUGGAGAGAUCCCUGGGCCUUCAAAGGGUCACCACGCUACAGGAUCUGCUCUUUCAUUCUGACUGUGUGUCACUGCACUGCAGCCUGAAUGAACACAACCACCACCUCAUCAACGACUUCACUGUCAAGCAGAUGCGUCAGGGGGCAUUCCUGGUCAACACGGCCAGGGGGGGUCUGGUGGAUGAGAAGGCCCUGGCCCAAGCCCUGAAGGAUGGAAGGAUACGCGGCGCUGCCCUGGAUGUUCACGAGACGGAGCCUUUCAGUUUCAGUCAGGGUCCCCUGAAGGACGCGCCCAACCUGAUCUGCACCCCGCAUGCCGCCUGGUACAGUGAACAGGCCUCGCUGGAAAUGCGGGAGGAGGCAGCCAGGGAAAUCCGAAGAGCCAUUACAGGUCGUAUUCCAGACAGUUUGAAGAACUGCGUCAACAAGGAGUUCCUGACCCAGAACAACCACUGGACGGCAGUCGAACCGGCCAACGUCCACCCAGAACUCAACGGAGCCUACAGGUACCCGCCGGGGGUUGUGAGUAUGACUGCCGGCGGCCUCCCGCCCCCCGUGGAGGGCAUCGUGCCCAGCGCAGUGCCCGUCGUGCACCCCCUCCCGCCAGCAGUCGCGCACCCGCCGCACACCCCGUCGCCUGGACAGAACACGGUCAAGCCACCAGAGAGUGACAGAGAACAGCAUCCAAAUGAGCAGCUGUAGUCCAAAAGCACAACGGGAAGUAAAAGUCCAGUAAAUAACUACUGAUUCCAAAAUGUACAGUACAUCGGCACAACGUCGCUUGUUGACACUCCAACGAGAGGCAAGAAGACGACAGUGAUGGUCAGGAAAUGCAAAGAGCUCAUCUGCGACUGAGAGAAGAAUAAUCUUUUUGACUGUUGCGUGUCCAAAAUUUCCCAUCGGUCUCUUUUUUUUUCUUUCCUCACCGUCAUUCCUUGGCCAUCGGAGCAAAAAAAAAAAAAAAACAACAACAACAACAUAAAAUGAAUGUAAGUUGUACAAACGGACAGUUUUUAGACCAUGUUUCCCAACCUUUAAAAGAGCCACGGCUCAUUAUUUUAUGUGAGAAAAAUCGUAUGGCACAAAUGUCACGAAAAGUAGACGCAUCGGAUAACGAUUUUUCUUUCUUAAGGUGUGACUGGACAGGAAUCAUGAAAUUCCAAUGUGUUUAUUUACCACUCGAGUGAAUUAAGAUAUGAGCUCAGUCAUGGAAUAAAUUAAACUUGAAAGCCAAGGUACCACCAUACACCAAAAUAAUGAGAUCAUGUUGACCAACAUUUACCACAUUUUACCUACAAAUUCUCUGGGCAUGUUAAACUCGAACGAAAAUAUUACUGUGCCAUCUAGUGGAGGAGUAUUUAACUCAAAUUCCUGAUAUGUCUUCAUUAAUGUUGUCAAUAAACAAUUGAAAUUGGGGGCGGGAGGUGUAUAAUUUCCACACCUCAUUAUCUCUCACGGCAUAUCAGGCGCAUAGGUUGGGAAUCGCGGUUUUAAACUGGAGGCUGGAAGUUGCCGGCAAAGAACUACAUUCAUCUGUGCGAGAUUUUUCCUUAACCAGCCACCCCGAAACUGAGGCAGCUGUUUUGCACACCAUCUCAGGAACUUCAGUUUCCGCAGUUGGUCUGUUAUUGACUUUAUUUCCUGCCAUUUAGUGCUUCUCUUUGUAGUUCUUUGGGAAUCCUGGCCUUUGGUUACAACUCAAAGUGCUUGGGUAAUUUGCUGUCGUUUGUACAUAGCAUCCCAUUUCCAAGAGAUUGCACAGUAGGAGACAAGUGGCGAAAUGCUCCUCUUGGCAUUGAAAUGUUUUGUCAGUGAUGUUGGGACGAUGCCGGGUGAUGCACCGAGAAUCUGCACUGUAGCAGAAUUAAAUGUGUGGAGUGUGCCCCCGCUAUCUCGCGCUCACCGACCGCAGCCCCACUACGUCGCACAUUUUUCAUAUGGGACGUAUCUAUUUAUCUAGCGUGGAAAGUUGCGCUUAAUAGGUGUCAUUUUUGUCCAGCGUUCUUACAGUUUACUUCGUUGCUAUAAUGCCUUUGCAUGUGGAACUAUUUCUACAAUGCGCUUUUCAGUUAGAGAAUAAAACACAUCAAUCCUGGCCUGAAACUGUCAUUUGAAACCACAACCCUUGUUUGAAACCCUCAUCAAGACUUGAACCCUGAUCUGAAAGCUUAACUUGAAAUGAUGAACCGGUUUUGAAAUCUUACUUGGAAAGCUCAACUUUUGUUUGAAACCCUCCUUUGAAAUCAUACAUCUGGUUUAAAACCCUGUUUUGAACGCCUAAUUGAAAUAUUAAUCUUGGAUUAAAUUUGAAAAGUGAACUUGUUUGAAACCAGAACUUGAAAUCCUAAACAUAGCAUGAACCCCGACUUUAAAAUCAUGCAUCUAGUUUGAAACUCUAAUUUUGAACCCGAACAACUCUUUCAAAUCCCUAACCCUGUCUUCAAACCAUAACCUAUUAUUUUGAACCUCUAAACCAGUCUUGAAACCUAAACUUGUCGCCCUAACCCUGAUUUAAACGCCUAAGCAACACAAGUGGGGCCACUAACUUCUCUCUCUGUCCAAGUUGACUCCUUCAAUAAGCCGACUGACUCUUAUUAACUCUGCUGAAGGGGUGAAACUAUCGAAUUUUUUUUUAAUGGUCUGCGUAUAUCGCAGAUUUUCACCUACGGCACAUGCGUCUGCAACAUAGCUCCAGCAAUAAAAGGGGGUUCACUCUACUAUCUCUUUUUCGUGAUCCAGAGCUUCCACCGCAAAUACAGCUCUGGACUUCAGCACAAGGUUUGCCUCCUUCAAAAAUCAUCCAAAUCCUCUGCUUCCUAACUUGGUUCCUUACUUUGAAGCAUUUGGAUAAAGCACCAGAGUGCAUCGCACAAUGCUCCCUUUAACAUUUCAUGAUGGGUCCUUACUGGGUGUACCGUUUGGCCACCGAUGUGCUCUCCGUGUCCGUACGUGUGCAUAUUGUGGUGGUGUUUUUCUGCCUGCCUGUGUCAAUGUGACUUGGUUUGUAUCUGUGUCUAAAAAGCAGACUUGCGAGUGGGAGUGCAGGGCUCCUCAAGGCAUCGUCACCUGCGUCGGUUGAAGCGAGCUACCCGUGCUCUGCUUAUUGUCCUUUACGUUUGUUUGGUCAAGAAACAAACUAUCAAACUAUCAAGUUCAACUAUAGACGAGUGUAAAGACUUCCAUCGGACUUUACAACUAAAAUAUCACAACGCGUGGGACUACAAUUCUUUGUCAUGAUUAUUGUUGGGCGUAGGGGGGAAAAAAACUUCUCAAGAAGCCAUGCCCGAAAAAGCCCAAGACUUUUGCCGUUUUAGAGACAUUUCGGCCAUUCAUGCCAAUUUGAAAAUUCGCAUGAACUUUGGUAGGCACAUUUAUCAUGAGUAGACCCACAAAAAUGUUUCACAAACGCAUGACUGAAGACUCCGGAAGUCACCCAUUUUGUUUCAAAGUGUCCAAUUUAGGCUCAAGUGGCUCAGUAGGCACGCGAUCGGAAAAAAAAAAACAAUCUGCCCUCAAAGCCACUUUCGAAUUAUCAACAUGAAAAUUGCUUGGCAUGGUUAUAAUGAGUAGACCCGUAAAAGGCCUCUUGAAGGGAUGCCUGAAAAGACAAAACAAAUCUCCCAUUUUUGAUCGAAGCAGCCAUUUUAUGGCUAAUUCUCUUUCAUAGCAAAUCUUGAACCAAGAAAGGAAAACGUUGAUCAUGUGGGGUGGACAGAUGAUAUAUAUAUAUAUAUUUUUUUUUUCACCACUGCUUGUGGGUGAAGCAGGGCAGCUAAGCUUGAUGACUCGACCAAAUGUGCGUGAUGGCAAAGUCACCCAGAAAGCUUUAGGUCCCUCCAGCACAAAAACAGAAGCAAAACGUUCGUAGCUGAAGACCUAAAGCUGCAUUUUUGAAUCUAUGACUUUCUCCACGUGACGGUGCUUUCAGGAUCCCACUCCAGAUCCAGCAUUUUGUGUAGUAAACAGUUCACUGUUGCCUACCCGUUCUCCUUUACGUCGUGGUAGCAAACGUAGCGACCAGGGAUGGACAUUUCACAUUGACGUGAACGAUUCCGAUUCCAUUCUCAGACCUUAGCUGAGUGCCAAGUUUUCGCUGGGUCAAAAUCUGAAACGUGUACGUUCUCGGGCUUUGGGAAUUCCUGUGGACUACACACCUCACAAGAUGCCUGACACCUUUGCUGUUUCCAUGGCAACCUUAGAGAAACUCUUUGUCAUUCUUGAACAAAAAGCACUUUGAAAUUCCUUCCCUGGUAGUGACACACAGUCCACUGUUGCCUACUUGUUUGUCCUCUUUAUGAUUAAGUAGUAGGUGUAGCAAUAUACAGUACACGCACACACACACACAUAUAUACAUAUAUAUAUAUACAUAUAUAUAUAUAUAUAUAUUCUACAGUAAAUAUUAUUUUUGAUCAAACGCUCUGAAAGAUAUGUUUGUGACUGUAUGCAUUUGUAUGAAUUAUUUUAAAAGGAAAUAAAACUGUGGAUGAUGA